AUGCGUCUGGACAGCGAGCUAUGCUCUCUCGGACUAGGCAGCAUUUCAUCGUUGUCAGAGGCAACGGAGAAUCCCUUUGCCUCAACAACAACGCCAGCUACACUUUCGAUGGACUUGCUUCGCGUAGCACAAAGCGGUGCAGUUGGAGUUUUCGGCCUGCUAGACUGGACCACCAAAGGUGACAAGGACGGUUGCGUUGAAUUGCAAAUUGCUAAUGUUGGUGACUGCUCGGCUGUUCUCUUUUCCACCGUUGAUGAUUCUGGUGAAUUGAAGCCAAAGCGCCUGACCACGCCGCACAAUGGUAGCACAAAUGUCGACGAGCUGCGGCGUCUGAUGCUCGAGCACCCAGAUGAUAAGGGGGAGGAUUUAAUACGCAAUGGUGGUCGCCUCUUGGGUGAAUUGGCGCCUACGCGAGCCUUUGGGGAUGUGCGCUACAAGUGGACAGUUGAACGCCUGCAGGAGAUGGCUGAUUACUUUGGUGCCGCUGUUGAUUCGGCUGAGAAGAUGACUGCAGGCUCAUGGGCGGGUUUGGAGGCAUUCCCUAGCCCUUACACCUCCCCUCCUUAUCUCACGGCUAAACCAGAAGUCACAACUUUUAUGUUAAAGCCCUCAGAUAAGUACCUAGUCUUGGCAACAGACGGACUGUGGGACACUCUAAGUCCCGAAGUAGCAGCAUCCCUACUGAGCCGUCUUAACCCUGAACAGUGUCCAGCGACGCGUCUCAUACGAGCCGCGCUCUCUUUGGCCCCUGGCCUGGGGUCGCUAAGUCACCGUAAUUCGACAAAGGAGGACUCCAGACUCGCCUCUCUUCUCCUUUCCCUUCCUCCUGGAGUCGCGCGACUCUACCGGGAUGACAUUACCUUGGUUGUGGUGGAGUUUAACUCUCCUACUGAGUGA